CCAAUUUCCGAACACGGCCCGAGUCACCGGUUUCCAGUCGUUUCGUUUUUCGCAUUGCAUGUGUGUUAUUACGUUGCAUCGUGUGUUAACUGAAUUCAAGCAUUGAGUGGAAUGAAACUUAGUUUAAAACGUUUGACGAAUUAUUAAGAUUGAAAUACAGAGAAGCGAAUUACUAUAUAAACUUACUUCUAAAUUUCGCUUUUAAUCGAAUUUAUUAAACAUAACCAUCGUACAGAAAAUGACGUCACUAACAGCAAGCGGCGAUGGACGAGGUGCCCUAGGACAAGCCUAUAAGGAUAAAAGCAAACCCACCGAUAUUCGAACGAGUAAUAUUAAUGCUGCAAAAGCUGUUAGCGAUGCGAUUCGUACUAGUCUGGGACCUAGAGGAAUGGAUAAAAUGAUUCAAGCAGCCAAUGGUGAAGUUACAAUUACAAAUGAUGGUGCUACAAUUUUAAAAGAAAUGAAUGUUAUACAUCCUGCAGCAAAAAUGCUGGUUGAAUUAUCGAAAGCACAAGAUAUAGAAGCUGGAGAUGGUACUACCAGUGUUGUUGUAAUGGCUGGGUCUCUGCUGGAAGCUGCGGAACGUCUGCUACAAAAAGGAAUACAUCCUACGUUAAUUAGCGAUGCAAUUCAGAAAGCUGCAAAUGAAGCUGUGCACAUAGUGACUUCUUUGUCUAUUCCUGUUUAUAUGGGAGAAAAAGACUCGUUCAUUAAAGCUGCAGCAACUUCGCUUAAUUCUAAGGUCGUCUGUGAACAAUCGAGUCUUCUGGCACCUUUGGCCGUGAAUGCAGCAUUAAAAGUCGCAGAUAAAGGUGUUGAUCUUAAUAAUAUAAAAAUAAUUAAAAAAUUAGGCGGCACCGUUGAAGAUACCGAGCUUAUAGAAGGAUUGGUAUUUACACAAAACUCCUGUAAUAUCAAUGGGCCAAAGAGUAUUGUUAAUGCAAAAAUAGGUUUAAUUCAAUUUUGCAUUUCUCCACCUAAGACGGAUAUGGACCAUAAUGUCAUUGUAUCCGAUUACGCUGCAAUGGAUCGUGUCUUGAAAGAAGAGAGAGCUUACAUACUAAAUAUUGUGAAACAAAUUAAAAAGUCUGGUUGUAAUGUACUACUCGUACAGAAGUCCAUUCUCCGCGAUGCUGUCAGCGAUUUGGCCAUACACUUUUUAGAUAAGAUCAAAGUUAUGGUCAUUAAAGAUAUUGAACGCGAGGAUGUAUCUUUUGUUUGUAAAACAUUAGGUUGUAAGCCAAUCGCAUCCUUGGAUCACUUUGUUCCUGAAAAUCUUGUUAGCGCGGGUCUGUGUAAAGAAGUACAAACUGGAAAUUCGAAGUUUGUUCAGGUCACGAAGAUUCAGAAUCCUGGACGAACUGUAACUAUUCUUGUACGUGGCAGUAACAAAUUGGUUUUAGAAGAAGCCGAACGAUCUUUACAUGACGCAUUAUGCGUAGUUCGUUGUUUAGUAAAGAAGUCUGCUAUCAUUCCUGGAGGAGGAGCACCUGAAAUUGAACUCGCAUUGAAACUGGAAGAGUAUGCACAGACUUUAAGCGGCGUUGAUGCUUACUGUAUCAAAGCUUUCGCGAAUGCAUUUGAGAUAAUCCCAUCAACAUUAGCAGAAAAUGCUGGAUUAAACCCCAUCGCAACUGUGACGGAACUACGAAAUCGACACGCGUCAGGCGAUUAUGCUACGGGUAUUAAUGCACGAGUGGGUGCGAUUACUAAUAUGUUAGAGCCACAAGUAGUUCAACCGCUUUUAGUUUCGCUAAGCGCUAUUACGCUUGCUUCAGAAACUGUUCGUAGCAUAUUAAAAAUCGAUGAUAUUGUGAAUACGAACCAAUAAUAAUACGGAAUACCAAUUUUAUACUUAAGCUGCACUGUAAACUUUCUGUUUAUGCCAAUCACAAUUUGAUUUCAUUUUCGGCUUUCAAUCGUCUUUACAAUGUAUUGAAUUAACGUUUCUGUCAUUUUUGUUACUACGUUUCAAAAUAAAAUUGAUUUGCUUCUAAAAAAAAGAC